AUGAAGCACUUUUCUUCCCUCUACCUGCUGCUCGCGGCGGCGGCUCUGGAGCCCAUCCGCGCCGCCUUUACCUGGCAAAAUGUCAAGAUUGGCGGAGGCGGCGGCUUCACACCGGGCAUCGUCUUCCACCCCGAGACGGCGGGCGUGGCGUAUGCCCGUACCGAUAUCGGCGGCAUCUACCGCCUCAACGCAGACGACGACUCGUGGACGCCCAUCACGGACGGCAUCGCCGACAAUGCGGGAUGGCAUAACUGGGGUAUCGAUGCCAUUGCGCUCGACCCCCAAAACGACCAAAAGGUCUAUGCCGCCGUGGGCAUGUAUACCAACUCGUGGGAUCCCAAUAACGGCGCCAUUAUCCGCUCGUCUGAUCGCGGCGAAACUUGGUCCUUUUCAAAUCUGACCUUCAAGGUCGGCGGUAACAUGCCCGGCCGCGGCGUGGGCGAGCGCCUCGCCGUUGACCCGGCCAACUCCAAUAUCCUCUAUUUUGGAGCACGGUCCGGCAAUGGUCUUUGGAAAUCCACCGACGGCGGUGUGUCGUUUUCCAAGGUGUCCUCGUUUACCGCCGUGGGAACCUAUGCGGCAGAUCCCACCGACACCACGGGUUACAACAAUGACAUUGAGGGCCUGACCUGGGUCACGUUUGACUCCACCUCGGGCACCACGAGCGGUGCUACUUCGCGCAUCUUUGUCGGAACGGCAGACAACACCACGGCCAGCGUCUACGUCAGCGAAGACGCCGGGAGCACGUGGUCUGCCGUCGCCGGUCAGCCCGUGCAGUAUUUCCCGCACAAGGGCAAGCUGCAGCCAGACGAAAAGGCUCUGUACAUCACCUAUGCGGACGGUACUGGUCCGUAUGACGGUACCGCGGGGGCAGUGUACCGCUACGAUAUCACCGCUGGCAACUGGACCAACAUUACCCCCGUCAGUGGAUCGGACCUGUACUUUGGCUUUGGCGGUCUAGGACUUGAUCUGCAGAAUCCGGGGACGCUCGUCGUUGCGAGCUUGAAUUCCUGGUGGCCCGAUGCACAGAUUUUCCGCUCGACUGAUUCCGGCGCCACCUGGAGUAAACUUUGGGAAUGGGUCAGCUAUCCCACCAUGGCUUACUACUAUGGACUCACUACAUCACUAGCCCCAUGGAUCAAGACUGGGUUCGUGGACUUGGACACCAAAAAAUUAGGCUGGAUGAUUGAGUCGCUCGAGAUUGACCCCCACGACAGCGACCACUGGCUGUAUGGAACCGGCUUGACGAUAUAUGGCGGUCAUGAUCUGACCAACUGGGACACUGUCCACAACAUCUCCAUUCAGGCAUUAGCCGAUGGUAUCGAGGAGUUUGCCGUGCAAGAAUUGGCAUCCGCUGCUGGAGGCAGUGAGCUCCUCGCUGCCAUUUACGACGAAAACGGUUUCACCUUUGCGAGCGCCAGCGAUCUCGACACUCCACCACAGACAAACUGGCUGAACCCCGAGUGGGCAUCGUCUACGGGCGUCGACUAUGCCGGCAACUCGCCCGCCAACGUUGUCCGGGUCGGCAACGUGGCAGGCACCCAGCAGGUGGCCCUCUCGACCGACGGUGGCGCGAGCUGGAACAUUGACUACGCAGCCGACACUGCAACCUAUGGAGGCUCCGUGGCGUACUCGGCCGAUGCCGACACGGUCCUGUGGUCGUCCUCAUCCAAUGGCGUACUGCGCUCGCAAUACCAGGCCACCUUCUCGGCCGUGUCCAGCCUGCCCUCUGGCGCCGUGGUCGUCUCGGACAAGAAGACCAACACGUACUUUUAUGCUGGAUCAUCGGCGACCUUUUACGUCAGUACGGAUACCGGAGCCACUUUUGCCGCGGCCGGUACACUGGGUAGUGCCACAGCUAUCCGCGAUAUUGCCGUAAACCCAGCAACCGCUGGCGACGUCUGGGUGUCUACUGAUGUCGGCAUCUUCCACUCGACCGAUUACGGCGCGACCUUUACUCAGCCAUCGACCGCCGUGACCAACACGUAUCAGAUCGCGCUGGGCCUCGGAUCCGGAACCACCUGGAACGUAUACGCCUUUGGCACGGGAUCUUCGGGCGCGCGGCUGUACGCGAGCGGCGACAGCGGCGCCACGUGGACAGACAUCCAGGGCAGCAGCCAAGGCUUUGGCGCCAUUGACGCGUGCCGGGUCGCGGGCAGCGGCAACACGGCAGGCCAGGUUUACGUCGGCACCAACGGGCGCGGCGUCUUUUGGGCGCAGGGCAGCAUCGGCAGCGGUUCGUCCACCACCACCACCUCGCGGGCCUCCACCUCCACCUCCUCCAAGUCCAGCACAACCUCCAUACUUACCACAUCGUCUAGCAGCGUAAGAACAACAAGCACCAGCACUACCACGGCGCGGUCUAGUACCACCUCGACAACGUCUACCGUGAACACCUCACCGACUGUAACUUCGACAUCAACAACUCGGGUCGGUACCACGACUAGUACCAGCACCAGCACCGCGGCAUCAUCCACAUCAACAGCUGUUGCUGGACAAUAUGGGCAAUGUGGCGGCUCAGGGUGGACUGGCCCUACGGCUUGUGUGUCCCCAUAUACUUGUACUUACCAGAAUCCAUACUACAGCCAGUGCGUCUAG